AUGAAAAUUUUUGAAAAAUUACUAUCAGAAUGUUGGUCUUUUCUUCAUAUUUCUGUUCUUCUUCAUUUUCUUACUUGCGAUAAUGGAGAUGUUCAUCUUUUAUCAUUAUCUAAUAUCAACACAUCUUUCGUUUCAGUCUCUCCUCUCAUUACUAAUGUUGAUACUACUGCUGAUAUUGAUUCUGUUGUCAGA